GUUCAAAUAGUAGCUGCACCAAACAAACGUAGUCAGACUUAUGAGGCGCUUGUGGCAAGUAGAAUCAUCACAUUUUUUCUGCAGCACCUGAUGCAGGGUAAAAUGCUGAAACUGCUUAUUCUUCUGCUUGCUGCAGUAGCACCAUACGGCUCCUGUACAUCAUUGGAGCUUCAGUUCACCCCACAAGAUCUGACUCUGUUGAAAGGGGCUUCUACUAGUAUUCUUCUGUCCCUAAAGAAAUCACCUGAAAAUGCAACUAUUGAAAUCUCUGCAGAUCAUGCAGAUCUGGUAUACAUUUAUCCAACCACCAUAACUGUUAUUGAAGGGAAUGUAUCUGAGGCAUGGACUGUGAAUGUAACAGCUGUGGACGUUGGUCGAGCACUUGUUGCAGCAAAUACAUCUAGCUCAUUAAUUGAUGUAACUGAAGCCUUCGUGAGGCUCACUAUUCAGCAUUCAGAUUUCCUUUAUCAUGCCAGCAUUGUUGUUGGAUGGGUAUAUUUUGCAGCUUGGUCGAUAUCUUUCUAUCCACAAAUAUACAUUAAUUGGAAGAGGAAGAGUGUUGUGGGUCUCAAUUUUGACUUUCUGUCAUUGAACAUACUUGGUUUUAUUUUAUAUUCACUUUUCAACUGCGGUCUGUAUUGGAUUCCUGAGGUGGAGGAGGAAUACUUCAAACUUUAUCCUAAAGGACUGAAUCCUGUACAAGUAAAUGACAUCGUAUUUGCCCUUCACGCAUCAUUUGCGACAUUCAUCACCAUAGUUCAGUGCUUCAUCUAUGAACGAGGUGACCAAACAGUUUCCAUCACGGCACGGGUUAUACAUGGCAUAUUUGCACUUUUCUUGUUCAUAAGUGUAAUCCUUGCAGCUACGUUGGUCAUUACUUGGCUUGACUUUCUGUAUUAUUGUUCCUACGUUAAACUGGCUAUUACUCUUAUAAAAUAUGUUCCACAGGCUUACAUGAACUACAAACGCAAGAGCACAGUGGGGUGGAGCAUUGGAAACAUCUUGCUGGAUUUCACUGGAGGAAUGCUGAGCAUGCUGCAAAUGAUUUUUAAUGCCUACAACUACAAUGACUGGAAUUCGAUAUUUGGAGAUCCUACAAAAUUUGGGCUGGGUCUUUUCUCCGUGAUAUUUGAUAUUUUCUUCAUUAUACAGCACUAUGUGCUUUACCGUGAUCGAAAGCAGACAUCAGAAAGUAUUAAAGAGCCUAUAUAACAUGACACCAGUUUUAUGUUCCCUGUGGUUUUAAUUCUAUUAUCACAUUAUUUCUUCUGCUGCUUAGUGUUACAUACUCAUGACAGACUGAAACAGUCAUGGUAUGGCAGAGUAUACAGUAUAAGAAGAGAGAUAAUCUUGCCUUAUCGAACACCAUAUUUGUAUUUAUUGAAUUUUAUGGUAAUGUGCAAGGUGGAGGAAAUGCAUUUUUGAAAAUGUACAAAUGUCACCUAUUAAGUACCUUCUACUGUGUGUAAAGAAAAACAAAAAGUAUUAUGACUAGUGAUGUAAAGUUACCUUGAGGACCAACUUUAUAGCUAUAUAUUAUAAAAACCUAAUUCUUGAGUUUGAUACUUGUUUCUCUAAUUCAAAUUUUAGUCAGUAUUGUUGGUGGCAGGUUGAAUCUGCUGAAGGAUAUUUUUCAGUAUGUGCCAUGGCCACCAAGUUUUGCAGUGCUGUGGCAUACAGAUGAAAUUGGCAGAAAGUGAUGAAUCCUGUUCAAGUUGUCAUGUUUUAUCUUAUUGUGAGAUAUUUAACAAAAAAUACAUGAAUGAUGAAGUGUGUGUAGUCACUUUCAAAUGAAAGCACAAGGAGAAACAGAAAGAAACAAUAUACACUCCAAAUCUCCUCAAUCCCUGAUGUGCAUUGAUUUCUGUUUUACAUCCAUUAUUAUUAAAUAUUUAUGUUUUAAAAUUGUGUGUGUGUGUGUGUGUGUGUGUGUGUGUGUGUGUGUGUUUUAUUUAUUAGACAAAUGUAAAAUAUGAGUAAAUUUGAUAUUAUCUAUAAUUGUUACAGUAUUAAAUUCUGUUAGUAAUAUAAGAUGUCAAAGGAUCCAAAUUAUGUGAACAUGAUUAAAGUUAAAAGGGUAUUAUUAUUGUGCACUGUGGCCAUUCCUACUCCACUAUCACUGUACUAAAUUUCCUAGUGUCAUAGUUGUAACUGACUUGUACUCUGUAGCCCAGCAAAUUUUUUUAAUUUUUGAAAUGCAUAGCCAUGUAAAACAUUAACCAUUGUGCCCCUGCUAACAUCUCAUUGUUUUAAAGGAACUGACUUUGUAAAAUGAAUGAAAGAGUAGUGUGAUGUACCAUGUUACUAGUUGGAUUCUUGAUGAGAAGAUCAAGACUGGUAUUACAAAGGCUGGCCUAUUGCACUGGCUAUUGUAGUCUUUCUAAUUAGCUCAGUCCCCCCCCCCCUUUUUUUAUCAGAUCUGGUUUUCACAAUCUUUGUGGAGGGGGAAAAAGUAGAACUGAUAAUGUGCUCAGAUUUCUAUGUGGGAGGUUGGAAACAGAUGGUUUGAAACAUGGUUGAAUGAGUGACUGAAUUCAGUCAUUUUGUAAUGGAAUAACUUUCAGUGUUACAAAAUUUUUUUGUAAUAAAAUGUUACCACUGACAUAAAUAUUUGUCACAAGGUGAUGUUGAAAGAAGUAUUAUUUUGUGAAUAAAUGUCAAUUUUUAUGAAAA